GGGCGCCUGCGCGUACUUUCUAUUUGAAGAUGGCGGCAGUCGCUAAAGAUGCCGGAGCGGGAGUUGGAUCGGGGAGUAGCCCUGCGGGAUCCGGUGGUAACGGAAGCGGAGAUACCAUUCAGCUGACAGCAGGGUCUUUGGACCCCGAGUCUUCCAACGAAAAGGACGCAUUGGAUGCAACGGGAGACGGCGACGCCAUGGACACCCAGACUGGCUCGGUGGAUGAAGAGAAUGGCCGGCAACUUGGGGACAUUGAGCUGCAGUGUGGAAUCUGCAUGAAGUGGUUUGGGGCAGAUACAUUUGGAAUUGAUACCACCUCGUGCCUGCCUUUCAUGACGAACUAUAGCUUUCAUUGCAACGUGUGCCAUCACAGUGGAAAUACCUACUUUCUCAGAAAGCAAGCAAACCUGAAGGAAAUGUGUCUUACUGGUCUAGCGAACUUAACCUGGCAGUCUCGAAACCAAGAUGAGCACCCAAAGACUAUGUUCUCAAAAGACAAGGAUAUUAUUCCAUUUAUUGAUAAAUACUGGGAGAGUCUGACCACAAGGCAGAGACCGGGGAAAAUGACCUGGCCCAAUAGUAUUGUGAAAACUAUGACAAAGGAAAGGGAUGUGUUUCUGGUUAAGGAGCACCCAGAUCCAGGCAGUAAGGAUCCAGAGGAAGAUUAUCCAAAGUUUGGCCUACUUGACCAGGACCUCGGUAACAUCGGCCCAGCUUAUGAUAACCAGAAACAAAGCAACGCUGUAUCUAUUGGAGGAAGCCUAAAUGGGUCUGCAGCUGCCAGCAGCUCUGCUAAAGGGAGAGGAGCCAAACGCAAGCAGCAAGAUGGGGGAUCAACCAGCACUGCCAAAAGAACACGAAGUGAUCCACUGUUUUCAGCCCAGCGCCUUCCCCCACAUGGCUAUCCUCUGGAGCACCCGUUUAACAAAGAUGGCUACAGAUACAUCCUGGCAGAGCCCGACCCUCACGCUCCUGACCCAGAGAAGCUGGAGCUGGACUGCUGGGCAGGGAAGCCCAUCCCUGGGGACCUGUACAGAGCUUGCCUCUAUGAAAGAGUACUUCUUGCUCUGCAUGACCGUGCUCCGCAGUUAAAGAUCUCUGAUGACCGACUGACCGUGUUGGGAGAGAAGGGAUACUCCAUGGUGAGGGCAUCUCAUGGUGUGCGGAAAGGAGCCUGGUACUUUGAGAUCUUUGUGGAUGAAAUGCCCCCAGACACAGCUGCAAGGCUUGGCUGGUCUCAGGCCCUAGGGAAUCUCCAGGCUCCACUUGGUUAUGACAAGUUCAGCUACUCUUGGAGAAGCAAGAAAGGGACUAGGUUCCACCAGUCAAUUGGAAAGCACUAUUCCGAGUCCUACGGACAGGGGGAUACCUUGGGGUUCUAUAUUUGCCUCCCAGACCUCACAGAGACAGCACAGGCUCUGCCAGACACCUACAAAGACAAGGCACUGAUCAAAUUUAAAAGCUACUUGUAUUUUGAAGAGAAGGAUUUUGUGGACAAAGCCGAGAAGAGCUUAAAGCAGUGUCCUGGUAGUGAGAUUGUAUUCUACAAAAAUGGUGUUAACAAAGGCUUGGCCUAUAAAGAUAUGUUCGAGGGAGUGUAUUACCCUGCCAUAUCCCUGUACAAGGGCUGCACAGUAUCAAUAAAUUUUGGACCACACUUCAAGUACCCACCAAAAGACGUGUCUUUCCGUCCUAUGAGCGACAUGGCCUGGGAAGCCGUGGUGGAACAUACGCUCGCUGAUAUGUUUUAUCAUGUCGAGACUGAAGUCGAUGGAAGGAGAAGCCCCCCCUGGGAGCCUUAAUGAACCCGGACCCUUUAUUUUUAGAGUUUUGUUGUUUGUUUUGUUUUUUUUAAACUUAUCACUAAAAUGCGUUUGUUUUACCAUAAAGAGAGAAGGACUUGCAUUCUGGGAAAGACUCAACUCUUCAUCUUUCAGUAUUGCCAACACUGGUUGUUUUUAUUAACAUGUCACUCCACCACUUGAUUCAGCAUGGAUCUAGAUAAGGCAAAAACUAACCCACAUCACCAGCCUUGUAGCUCUGUGCUUCCACUUACCCAGAGGGCUCUCUUGGCACCCCUGCCCAUCCCCGUUCAAAAAAAUAUAUUUCUUGGGGCCCCCCAAGCAUGCACAGGAUCUCUCUGUAUACCUGUAUAUGUAGCCGACACGAGAUCUGCUCCUCCUAUUGUUACACCACCAUUCUCACCCUAUUAGCAAAUGGAACUUGGCCAAUGGCAAUUCCUCAUCCUCUCUCCAAUAUUGUGCCAGUGUUCCCUGCAUUUACAGUAUUUAAUUAUAAACCAGAUAUCCAUUGGAAAGGCCCCUACAUGGGCCAAUAAGCUGCCAAACUGUUCAGAAGGAGAUGAGUCGGCAGCUUUUAUCUGCCCUUAAACAGAGAUUUUUCCCCACCCCGCUCUAUGUAUAGUAUAUGACCAUGUAUAGUGCACACCUUGGCGCUCAGUGCCUUGGGAAGUCCCAAUGCAGUUUUAAAUCCAUUCCUGGGGUUCUGUGAUGUUCUAGAAUCCUGAUUGGAAAGAGAUUAGCUUCCCACAAUGCCCCAUCUUGGACAGUCUGUACCUAGUCUGAAACCAUAGGAUGAUUAAAUCGUUUGGUUGUGUAAUCAUUGGGCGGCUGGUCAGACACUCGCCAGCACUGUAUCUUACUCUUAGAUGUAAAAUAUUGUUCCUCUUCUAGCAUUCAAUUCUUGUUUUUAAAUAAAAAAAGAUAUAAAUACA